ACUGAACCAUUCUGCCGCCGCCCCCACAAUGAGCUCUCGGGCUCGUUCCCCAGCCAGGCGCAUGCGCAGCCGGGAGCAGACCUGUAGGAGACCGGAACUUGGGUGGCGGGGUCGGGCGGACUGUAUUGCGGCGCGGACUGCUCCCGCUCGGAACCGGCGGGCGACGGCGGCGGCUAUGGCGGGCUGGGUUGCGCUGCGGCUGUUAGGCCGGGAGGUGGCGGCGGCGCGGCUGCUGGCUGGGGUCCCGGGGCAGAAAAAUAGUUUUCUACCCAUUUCUAAAGGCAUUAGGCUGGGCUUGAAGCUGUCCGGAAAUUUGUCACCUAGUCGGAAGCUGACGAUGGCAAUGCCUGAAUUUGUUGCAUCAGUUCUGAGCAUGUGGGGACAGUGGUGCUCUCUGGUCAGGCAUAUUAAUAGCACCACCUGGUGGAAAGAACAUCUUUCUGAAGAGAACGUCGAGUUCCUUAAGAAGAUAACUUCAGAGGAAUACAAAGCUCAAACAGCUAGUAAACUGUGUCCCCUGAAAGAUGAGCCAUGGCCACUGCAUCCCUGGGUGCCAGGUUCCAAGAGGGUUGGUCUUAUUGGAUUAAAGCUGGGAAUGAUGCCCUUAUGGACCAAGACCGGUGAAAGACAUGUUGUCACGUUGCUUCAGGUACAAGACUGCCAUGUUAUAAAGUACCAACCAAUGGAGGAAAAUAAUGGAAAAACUGCUCUUCUACUAGUUGGAGGGAAAAAUGCAUCCCCUUUUUAUAGAUCAGAGUCUAGGCACAAGGUUUACGAAGAAGCUGGAGUACCACCAAAGCAGAAAAUUUCAACUUUUAAAGUGUCAGCUAAUGCUAUAAUUAAACCAGGUACUCCUUUGUAUGCUGCUCACUUCCGACCAGGACAGUUUGUGGAUGUCACUGCAAAAACAAUUGGUAAAGGCUUUCAAGGAGUCAUGAAAAGAUGGGGAUUUAAAGGCCAGCCUGCCACCCAUGGCCAAACUAAAACACACAGAAGACCUGGGGCAACAGGAACUUGUAAGGUUAGCAGAGUUUUUCCUGGAAAGAAAAUGCCUGGGAAAAUGGGUAACAUCUACAGGACAGCUUUGGGAUUAAAGGUGUGGAGGAUCAAUACAAAACACAACGUCAUUUUUGUAAAUGGUUCUGUCCCAGGUCACCGAAAUUGCUUGGUAAAGAUCAGAGAUUCAAAUCUGCCUGCACAUUGUCUUGAAAAUCCUCCAUUCCCCACAUUUUUUGCUGAUGGAGAAGAGCAGCUACCAGAAGACUUGUAUGAUGAGGAUGUUUUCCAGUUUACUGAUACAUCUGUCACGUAUACCUAGUGCUGUUGACAUUGUCAGGAGCAUGCAGGUGUCAUGUUUUUUUCUGUGAAUUUUGCUGUGCUGAGCAAUAGUAGGCAGGAAUUGCAAUCUAGCCAAAUGACCUGAAUAUUUCAAGGUGUUUUUGUCAGGCAGAAAGAUCUACCACCACCUGUCCAAAAACUGUAUUAAGACCACCUUCAGUUUUAAGUAGAAGAAUCUGAGGGAUGGAUUGCAAAGCAGUGGUUGUACUUCUGACCUAACCUUUCACAUUAAAAAAAUUGCUUUUGCAACAUUCCUUUGCAAGCUGCCAAGAUUUAAAUGUAACUCCGUUGUUUUGAGAUCAUGUGGGUAACAUGAACUGAUUGAAGUUGAAACAAUCCAAUGGAACUAAAUUGUAUUUUUCUCUUAUGGGAAGUGUACUGACUAAUUUUGAUAAAUAAAACAUAAAAUGUG